UCUGGCGCCCUCCACACCUUCCCUCCUUCACCUCACUUCUUUGCGCCCUCUCGUCGCCGCACUCAGCCUCUCGUCACGUCCCUUGUCGCCGCCAAUUCCACGCCUCAUUUCUUCUUCCUUCAUCACUCUAUCCAUCUCACAUCCCAUCAACACCACUUCGCCUUGCCUCACAUCCUCCAUCUCCUCCAUCCACGUCGUCGUUCUUGGUGACCUAAGCCUACUUGCGUGUCGCAUGCUUCAAUCGUCUGCUCUGUUGCUAGACAGACACUUGUAUCUUUCAACCUUUUACGCUUUCUAAUCUACUAAACAUACAGUAUGGGUCUCAACUACUAUGCCUCGUCGCCUACCGUGGUCCUGCCGCCCCAGCAACCGCAGGGCUACUUCUCCCGCCACCAACGCGCCCUCUCACCUUCAGCUAUGGGUAACUUCCGCCCAAAAUACCCUACUCCACCAUCGCUCAACUAUCUAGCCGCCGCCUCCAAUGCCGCCGCUGGCCGUAAACGAUCCAUCGCCGACGUCGACGACCCAGAGGAGAAUCAACCUGUCGGAUCGAUCGUCACUCAAUUGCCUGUCAAACCGAAGCCAGAGCCCGUCUAUGGCCCCGGUAUGACGCUCAUCUACCCUGACGAGCCAGGCUUCUGCCUUGCUGCCGAAUCGCAGUCCGGCACAUGGUGCGAAGAGAAGAACGAGAACGAAGAGAAGGCUGAGCCGGUCCGUCCUGUUGCCCUUUCACGCAAGUCGGUACGGAUAAGCCCAUCUGCCAGCGUUGCUGUCCCAUCGCUCAACGACAUGGAUGCUUCAAAGACUGAAGGUGUCAUCCACGAAAACGGCACCACCAUCAACGCCCUAAUCGCAUCGCUCGGCGUCGGCUGGAAGAACGUCAUGACAAACCCAAAUCUACGCGAUGCCGCACGCGCGUACUCACGUGUCAUUGAACGCCAUUUCGACCUCUCUGAUGCGCUCGUCAUGCUCGAGAAGGAGUCGCUGUCUGCUUAUUUGGUGCGCGCCAAGCAACACGGUGUCCAAGGCUACUGGUUAUUCUCCGAUAACCUUCAGUGGUGUCAACUCGUUGGCUGGUCUCUGGAACGAACUGUUAGCAAUCUCAUGUUUGGUCCCACACCCCGUGUCGAAGGAGAACGCAUCAAUGCUCGCCACCUCACCCCAUCGGAGUCCGCUACGGCCCAGCCCACCUUCAAGUCUGUCGCUGUUGCUGCUGGCGACGCAAUGGAAAUGUAGUUGACCAGCUUCGACCUUUCUCUUCCUUGUCCCUCUUCCACUCUUGUACGGCAACAACGCCAUGUUCGGUUUCCCUUUGCACCUGCUUUGAUUUACGCUUUUCGAUCUCACGGACUUUCUUCUUCGGCAAAUUGGCGUUCGGCGGUGGUUACGGUUACGGUUACGGAUGAACUUACUGGAGGCGGCGUCUUCCAUUUGCUCAAUUGUACAUCACUAUGCUCGUGCUGCGACAGCUUGAUCGAGUAUCAUUGAUCGCAUCGCGUAAGCUCAAUGCCACUAAACAUUAUAGGCAACAAGAAUACAAAAUAACGAUUAUUAUUACCAUGA